UGAUAGAUCUAUACAAACAAACACUCGGAUUCCUACAAUGCCACAUUAUAAAGACACUUCAGUUUCAAUUUAUUCCUUUACUAUUGCGCCAGUGCUUUUCAAAUUUAAAGGCUUAAAAGCUUCGUGCGGCUCCGCAAAAUAAUAGGAUGAGUUCACGGGAAUAUCCUAAGAUUUGGGGUAGUUUUGAGAGAAUUGCCAAAGAUGGCAGUACAUUGGCAUUCAUAAUACAAGACAUCCCAGAAGAGCUGUGGAGUGAGGCAGUGGAAUUUAUGCUGGGGAAUUAUAUACGGGAGGACGUCUGGUGGAUGACAGCUGGUACAGCGGAAGAUUCGCAGGCAAUUCAGGAGUAUCGCGUGCUGUUGACGUCGAUUAUUCAUUGUAAAAUGAGUUUGGCUUGCUAUCUCAAUGACGGUGGUAAUCGCACACUCGUCGGAGUCAAUAUGUGCAUGCCGCAGGAAAAAGAUCACUUUGUUGAUCACAAUCCGCCUAAAACAAAAGCCGGCCUAUUGUCCCUCCGCAUGUUCAGUGAGGCCAUGAAAGUGACAGCGAUAUACGACAAGUACGACGUGAGCAAAUAUCUCAUGGGAGCCGGCUUGUCUGUAUCGUCUGACUACAGGGGGCUGGGACUGGCUGUCGAGCUGCUUAAAUGUAGGAUGCUACUCGCAAAAGAAGAAGGCUUCGUCGUGACCGGCGGAAUCUUCACCAGUGAGCCAGCACAGCGUUCCGCAGACAAAGCCGGGUGGGAAAGCCUCUACCAGGUUCCCUACAAGCAGUUUGGAGAACAAUGUGAAAUUGAAUUUAACACAGACACGGAAAAUUUGAAAAUAUUCGCCGCUAAAGUCGAGUAAUACUUACUGAGAGUUCUUUUACUGAAGUAGAUGGCCGUACUAGGCGUAAUUUACAUCUUCAUGCGACCACUUUGAAAACAAUUUUAUUUAAUGUUAUUAUUCUAGCAUACUUUGAAUACUAAUGGCUAUAACGUUAUGAAAAUAUUUUAAAUGUUCAUAUUCGUAAUAAAUUCAUUUGAAAACGUAA